AGAGGAGGAGGAUGAAGAGAAGAGAAGGAAGGCGGAGGAGGAGGAGAAGAGGAGGAAGGAGGAGGAGGAAGAGGAGAAGAGGAGGAAGGAGGAGGAGGAGGAGGAGAGGAGAGAGGAGAUGAAGAGAGAGCACAGGAGAGCGAUACAGAGUCUGGUGUGUGAAUACAGCAGCUCUCAGACAGAGCUACAGACUCGCAUAGUCGCCCUGGAGACAGAGCUGCGGGAGCGUGAGGAGAGGUGCAGGAGGAGAGAGGUUCCUCUCUGUGAUGACCUCCAGAUGGGGAGACUACAGGAGAGACUCACUGAGAGAAACCAGCUCAUCAAACGCCUAGUGGAAGAAAGACAUCAGCUGCAGCUUCAUCCUCCGGUUGCCGGGGACAACGGAACCCUCAGGCUCCAUGACAACAGGCCACACCCCGGGAUCGUUACACCAACUAUGAGGAGGAAGCGUGUGGAGGAGUCUCCGCCCCGCAUCACCAGCGUCCCGAACCUCAACGCCUACGAGAGGAGCGUCCUCCUCCCCCACGACUCCCCCCGCCUCCCCAACAUCCCUCCCCUCCUCAACUCUGCCCCUACGCCUCCUCCUCUCUCCCCGUUCCUCCCCCUCCCUCCCCCGUACUCCCAGGCUCGGCACGGGAUUCGACGCGUCACCUCGCCCCUCGCAGGAGCGCCGCCCACACCUGAACAACCGGUCAACCAGGAGCCCAUAUUUGGAGCAGAGGGGAGUGGCCAGGGGCAGAGGGGCGGGACCCUCAGAGGCAGGAGUGAUCCAGGAUGA